GCCCCGGGGCCUUUAAGUGAGUGGGAACUUUAGGUAGCUUUGUCAGUGGCCGGGGAACAGAAACUCAGCUGCACACUGCCCCACACUGAGGAGCUCCCCUCGAUUUUCGGGGCCCUCAACUCAGGACAAACUAAAAUUCACAGCUUGGACACUGAAAAGAAUCUCAGGACAAAAGGGACGGAGUGAAGCAGACUUGGAAAUGUAAUUGAGGAGAUUUUAAUAUAGGCUUCGGUGCCGAGAGAAAGACCCAUCCAAGUGGCAGUGUGUGUUUCUUGGAGGAGAGCAGAAGAAAAUAACACGGACUCGAGUGUGGACACAGGCUCUUCUCCUGAGAGGGUAGUAUUCAUAGAAGCCAUUUUGGUGACUCUCAUGUUACAUCUCAAGAGGUUUCUAGGAAGCCCUCUCUCCACCCGUCUCUAUAAGAAAGAAACACAAGAUGGCUCCGGAGAUGUCUUGGAUAGAAUUAGUCUGACAAGGCGGAACUAGGAACCACGAAGUUUGCACAAGGAGUUUAGUCAUUUCCCUGCAGACGGGACUUCUGGAGAGAGUCCUAGAAAACUGCAGUUUUAUGGCUGCGACCAAGAAAAGGUCCCAAGCAGUUGGUGGCUCUGGGAUUUACAUUGGUCACUAGAGGUUUCAACCAGAUGAGGAAACAUGACACUGGACAACCAAUCAGGUCUAAAUCUUCAUUCUAAUCAGCCAUGAGCAGCCAGGCCCCGCGAGACCAACUGCUGUUUCCUGUGGGCCCUAUGCAUGUGCCAGAGGCACCUGCUCUUCUUGGGACUCGAUCAGAACAAGGACACAAAUCCAAUUGGAUUAAGGACAUGUGACUCUGUCCUCCUCUUGGUCUGAGGAUUUGAACCAUGAAAACGAUGACCAAUCGUAAGUCAUUGUGGGUACUGCUCUUUAUAGUGAUCUUCUGGGUCUCCUUUACAGCUUUCAGAAACCCCACGAAGCUAUGGACUAUGUUCAAGUUGCCUAUGUCAUUCAAUCGCUGGAACUUGGUCAUGAAAUCCUCAUGCCCUGCAGUGUCUCAGAACCCACCAGUUUCACCAAAAGAGACAGAACUGAGAAUUAGGGAGAUCCUGGAGAAACUAGACAAACAGAUCCCUCCUAGACCCUUCACCCACCUCAACUACACCACAAGCGCCACACACAGCACAGCCACCAUCCUCAACCCUCGAGAUACAUACUGUGUAGGGGACCAGCUGGACAUCCUGGUAGAAGCUAGAGACCACCUAGGAAACAAGAAGGGGUAUGGUGGGGACUUCCUGAGAACCAGGAUGUCCUCCCCAGCCCUGAAGGCAGGCGCUUCUGGAAAGGUGAAAGACUACAACAAUGGCACCUACCUCAUCAGCUUCACUCUGUUCUGGGAGGGCCCAGUCUCCCUGUCUAUCCUGCUCAUGCACCCCAGUGAAGGGGUGUCAGCUCUCUGGAGAGCAAGGAAACAGGGCUAUGACAGAGUCAUCUUCUCAGGCCAGUUUGUGAGUGGUGCUUCUCAGGUCCAUACCGAAUGUGCCCUGGUUCUAAAUUCAAGUGUCGAGCUGUGCCAGUAUCUGGAUGCCCAGGACCAAGAAGCUUUCUACUGUGUGAAGCCUCCAAAUGUGCCCUGUGCAGCCCUGACCCACAUGCAUUCCAAGAACAAGGAAGUUUCCUAUCUUAGCCAACAAGAAAGGAGCCUCUUUGAAAGGUCAAAUAUAGCUGUGGAGAUUAUGGGGAAAUCCAAUAUGAUUAGUGUCUCCAAAUGCAACAAAGCAGUUCCGGUGAAGGAGAAAUGCAAGCUUGGGAUGGUAUCUGCAAUCCCUAGUGGGCAUGUCUGGAAAAACACAUGGAUUCCCGCCUCCUGCAGUCUGGCUCCAAUCAAAAUGAAAGACUGCCUGAGUGGAAAAUUCAUCCAUCUAAUGGGUGAUUCCACAAUCCGCCAGUGGAUGGAGUACUUCAAAAGCAAAGUCAACACGCUGAGGUCCGUGGACCUGCACGAGACUGGAAGACUGCAACACCAACUUGCCGUGGACUUGGAUGAGAAAAUCAGCAUUCAGUGGCAAAAACAUGGUUACCCUCUUAUCGGGUCAUUGGUCUACUCUGUCAAAGAAAUAGAGAACAUUGCACGGAUAAUUGACAGAACUGGAGGAGAGAAAAACACAGUCAUCGUCAUUUCUCUGGGCCAGCAUUUCAGACCUUUUCCCAUUGAUGUUUUUAUCCGAAGGACCCUCAAUGUUCACAGAGCUCUUCAGCGUCUUCUCCUGAGAAGCCCGGACACCAUGGUGGUCCUCAAAACAGAAAACAUCAGGGAAUUGAACAGCGAUGUGGAGAGGUUUAGUGACUUCCAUGGUUACACCCAGUAUCUUGCCUUAAAGGAUAUUUUCCAGGAUCUCAAUGUGGGUAUCAUUGAUGCCUGGGACAUGACAGUUGCAUAUGGUAUAAACAAUGUCCACCCACCAGAGGAUGUAGUUAGAAGUCAAAUUAAUAUAUUCUUAAACUAUAUUUGCUAGCAAACACAUAACUUUGAAAGUCACUCUUUGAACUUAAAAGAUACACUGACUCCUGCAGCUGUGCCAAGUGCCAGGAUGUCCCAUUUAAUCCAAGGACAUAAUCUGUAUUAUGGUCCAUAUGGUCCAUCUAGUUCAUCUUAACAAGGCAUUCAUACACUGGCCUUCUGUGCAAAAUUGAAGCUCAAAAGAGUCAAUGAAUGGUCCAAAUUUUUUUAUGAGAGCCACAGUGCUCGUUGUCGAUUGAAAGUUAGGAUUCCUGUGUGUAAGACCUUCUCCUUGUUGCUGUGAGUUCAGAAAAAUGGAGUAAUUUUGAUAAAAUUCUUGAAAGGUAUUUGAUUCAAUUUAUAAAUAUUUUGUUAAUAAUUUUUAUAUCCAUGUUCAUCAGGAAAAUUGAUCUGUACCUUUCUUUCUUGGUCAUGUCUCAGAGUUUGACAUCAGGCCAAUACAGACUUGUUCCUCCUGGUUGUAAUUUGUAGAAGGUUUUGAGAAGUGUUUUGAUUAGAUUUUCUUUAAAAGUUUCAUGGUAUUCAGCACUUAAUCUGUCCAGGUCUGAACUAUUUUUUGGAGAGAGAUUUUUUAAUAACCGCUUCAAUCUCAUUGCUUAUUACAGUUCUGUUUAAAUUGAUUCUAUUUUCUAGAUUUAACUUUGAUAGGCCAAAUGCAUUUAGAAAUUUAUCUUUCUUCUAGGUUUUCCAGCUUUUUUGGAUAUAAGAUUUUGGAUAAACAAAAACAAAACAUGCCCCAAAACACCAUCAUAAAACCUGAUAUUUUGUACACUAAUUUUAGAACAAGUAAAAGUAAAAUUUCUAAAUGAAAAACAUAUUAAAAUAAGAAUUAAUAA